AUGGAUUACCAGGAAAUUCGGGCAACGCAUGCUGUGCUGCAUUUGAUCUAUCAUCGCAACAAAAACCAGCAUCAACGAGCGAAAUGGUGGAGGUGGCUGUCACAGUUGAAGCGCACCGCUUUGGAUCUGGGAUCGCAGGACGCAAGUGUCGUGAUGCCUGAUUCUUACAAGCAGCAUCUGGCCGCGCAUCUGAUUCCCAAAUGCUAUCUGGCGUUCUCUACUGUCAUCGCCGAGAACCAGUUUUCAACGCUGGGAAUCGUGCUUUUAGCGACUUUGUCGCGCUUUUCCAAGGCAACUGGUACGAAGUACGAGGCGGAGACGCGCCGACGGGCGCAAGUUAAGAAAACCCUCACAGCUGCGCCUGCCGAGGAUUUUGGAGAACGAGUGAGUCGCAGCGAGGCUGGUGGGCUGCCAACGUCGGAUCAUGAACGUCAAGUUCCCCGGAAAAUAUCGGGGCGGUCUACGACAGAGAAAGCAUCGACCUCUAAACGCACAAAACAGGCUAGCAAACGAAAGAAGAACGCGAUCGAUGAUCUAUUCAGUGGGCUGCUUUGA